GCUUGGAUAAAGAAGUAUGUGUCAAGAUGUUGUGUGUGAAUACCUUGCGUUUUUCAAUUAAAAUUCAUUAGUAAAUGGGUGAAAAAUAUUUGUAAUUUUCUACUAUAAUGGAUACUCAUUCACCAAUUAUUCUAAUGCAUAUUCAGUUUAUCAAAUCAAUAGCGAAGUAUAUAAAUAAACUUUCUCGGCCAAAAUAAAUGGUUGAGGGUGGGUGCAAAAUGCACCGAAAGCAAAUUGCAACGGCAAGCAGAAAAUGGUAGAGCUGGUUAUUUGUGUGAGUGGAGUUUAUAGAGAAGUGCGCUGAAAAGUGGUGGAAAGCAAAUGCAAGAAAAAGAUGGUCAGCGUGCAAAUCAAGAGAAGUCAAUUGUGAUGUGCGUCUGAAAGGAUAUAAAAUUUAAUAAAACAUGAAGCGGAAGUGACUGCCGCAUUGAUUGAUAUUCCACGAUAAAACAGAAAUUCAAAGUAGAAGUGCGAAAUUCACAUGCAUAUAUGCUACAAAAGAAAAUUUAAUACAAAGUCGGUAUUGAAAAAAAAUCACCGCCAUACUUAAUCGGAGCAAAGUCCAAACAGUGAAGUAUGGAAUAAAUAUCUUGGAAGAAUUUCCAUCAGCAGUACCAAUAAAAAAGUGUGCAUGUGAGAUGCCGUGCUAUAUUUGGAGCACUGAUUAAAAUGUUUAUUACAAUCACGAAACAGGUGGUGGCUUAAAAAAAGAUUAAAGUUUCGUGGCAACUUGGACUUCUAUGCCGUCGGCAUUGUUUCAACGAAUAAUUGUUUCCGUUUAAAUACCCUGUAGCCCUAGCAGCAACGAGUAAAUAGCUGUGAAAUGGACAUAAAGGUACAAAUAAACAUGUGUCGAAGUAUAAGUAAUAAAUAUAAACAAUAGUGACAAAAAAUCUUGCAACAACGACAAAAAUACCACAAUCGAUACCGAUAAAACGUUGCCAAGUUAAAGCGAAGAGGAACAAGUAAAGUUGAAGAGAACGAAGCAUAAAUGCAGUUUGUAGAAGAUUGAGGUCACAGAAGUAUUUGGGCAAUAAAAAGAGGACUGGCGAAUUUCAAGUCUUGUUAAGCUUUGGAAAACAACAAUAGCUUUUGGAAAAAUUAGUGCGUAUGUUAAGAAUUGAAAAUGGAGUCUUCGAAAAUGGAAGAGCCAACGAUUGGAGUGCAGCAACCUCAACAACUGUUGCAAAUAGGAAAUGCAAAUCUAGGCAAAAACAAAAAUGAAAACAUAAACGAAAUAGAAAACGAGCAUGGAAUUGAAGGCAAACGCCAAAGUACUGAUACUAGUGAAAAUAGCGGCGAUGAAAAAUGGAACACAACAACAAGAUCCAUAGACGAAAUAAUGCCACCAAUUACCGCCAGAGUCGAUGGGGGGGAGCCAAACGGAAAAGCACCUAAAGUGGCGGCGGAAACGGUGGCUAACAGUAACGAAGAGACUGAAAAAGUGGCCAUGGUGGACGCUGAUGCGACGAUGAUGAGCACAGCGACACCUCCAGACACAAAUCCAAACACAAAUACAAAAACAAACACAACAACUACAACUACAACCACCAUAACUAAGACUUUAGUAGCUGCCACAGUAACUGCAGACGAGCUAAAAGCAACGAAAUCCACAUCCAAGUUGAGCGAAUUCAUAGUACCAGCUAUACCCAAAGCCAAGGCGAUCGGAACCACGAAUGGGGCGGGUGGUGAGCCUGGUACCAGUGCCAAAAAGAAACGCAAUAAGAGCUCUAAAAAACGCAAGGAAAACGAAGCACGCAACAAUGACAACAGCAACAGCAAGAAAAGCGGAGCCAACUCUAUCGCCAGAGUCGUAACGAACGGCACUCGAAGCCAGGACAAUGCCACCACAGCAGCAGCAGCGCCUAACCCAGCCAGCGGAGCAGCCAACAUGAAGACAUCGGUAUCGAUGACCUCACUGCCACCGGAUGAUGAAAAGGCCGAGAGUCGCGACGUAAUCAAAGCCAAGCUAAGGAUAGAACGUCCUUACAACAGUUUGAAGAAAAACAUCGAACGCAACGUAGUCUGUUCUACAUUGGGCGUAAAGCCGCACUGCUUCAGUCAAAGUCAGAGUAGCACCAGCAGUUUCGCGAACCACCGCUACUCGUGGGGCAGCGGCUACAGCUACAGUUCGUCAAGUUUGCAAAGCAAUGCUACACUCGGUUUGGGCUCGGCUAAAGAUGACCUCUGGGCGGCAAUACAGACCAACUACAACUAUAUCAUGGACACAAACUUGUUGGAUAGCUGUAAAGAGGCAGAGCGACAUCUAGCGGAACAAAUUGAUGAUGAUGUGGAUUGUAAGCAAUCGCAGUGUUGCUUGAAGUUGUUGGGUGUAACACAACGGCGCGAGAUGCUGUGGCAUGAUCCGAAAGAGUUGCGCAAGUGGUUGCGUGAAAUGGAAGAGCGAUUGGAGACAGCUCCCACCUUAUCGGCCGCUACGGCGUUAACGACGUCGGAAUUGCAGCGCUGUUUAGCAGAGCAUUCGGUGUUGUACCAUGAAAUUGUAUCACAUGCGCGAGUUGUAAGCGCCUGCAUCCGAGCUGCAUCAGAAAAGCACCAGGGGCAGGUGUAUCUGCAACAACAGCAAGAAGAAGAGCAACAGCUGCAAUCGUUCGACAGUUGCGGCACAACAAUAGCGGAACUAAGCAAUUCAUCACUCACAUCCAACGAAGAGGAACCACCAACGACAACAAAGGAAGCAACAGGUGAAGGCGAACAACAAGCCAGCGACGAAUUGAGCAGCGACAGCAGCAGCAGCGGAAUUGAAACUGCGGAAAAGUCAUCCCUGUCGCCGAGGAAAUCAUCUGCUAGGUCAGCCACUGGCUCUCCUGAGCUAGCGGAAAGUUCUUCCAAGAUUGUUGAGGAUAGCUUGGAUCGCUUGCAGAACCGUUAUCACUUGUUAUAUUUGAAGGCAUUCGAGGUGCAACUUUGGCUCGACGGUUUACUGCGCAAGAAAAGCUCGACUGCG